AUGCCGCGCUCGCGGGGACGGGAGCAGGGGCGCUGCGGCUGCCCCGCGGGCAGGGCUCGCGGCGGAGCCGGGAUUUCGGCGCUCGUGCCGGGCGUGGGGAGCCGCUGGGGCCGCCCGCCGCCGCCAACGCCGCCGCCGCUGCUGCUGCUUCUGGGCUGGGGGCUGCUCAGCGCCUCGGCCGCCGCGGGCCAGAACUGCACGUUUCAACUGCACGGCCCUAAUGGGACGGUUGAGAGCCCAGGGUUCCCGUAUGGCUACCCCAAUUAUGCCAACUGCACGUGGACCAUCACGGCGGAGGACCAGCACCGGAUCCAGCUCGUGUUCCAGUCCUUUGCCCUGGAAGAGGACUUUGAUGUCCUGUCAGUGUUUGAUGGUCCACCCCAGCCAGAGAACCUGCGAACAAGGCUCACGGGCUUUCAGCUGCCGGCCACCAUCGUCAGCGCAGCCACCACCCUCUCUCUGCGUCUCAUCAGCGACUACGCGGUCAGCGCCCAGGGCUUCCACGCCAGCUACGAGGUUCUCCCCAGUCACACGUGCGGGAACCCAGGGAGGCUGACCAAUGGCGUCCAGCAGGGCUCGACCUUCAACCUUGGUGACAAGGUCCGCUACAGCUGCAACCCCGGCUUCUUCCUGGAGGGCCAUGCCGUGCUCACCUGCCACGCUGGCUCCGAGAACAGUGCCACAUGGGACUUCCCCCUGCCCUCCUGCAGAGCGGACGACGCCUGUGGCGGGACCCUGCGGGGCCAGAGCGGCAUCAUCUCCAGCCCCCACUUCCCCUCGGAGUACCACAACAACGCCGACUGCACGUGGACCAUCCUGGCCGAGCUGGGAGACACCAUCGCCCUGGUCUUUAUUGACUUCCAGCUGGAGGAUGGUUACGACUUUCUGGAAGUCACAGGGACCGAAGGCUCCUCCCUCUGGUUCACCGGAGCCAGCCUCCCAGCCCCCGUCAUCAGCAGCAAGAACUGGCUGCGGCUGCACUUCACGUCGGACGGCAACCACCGGCAGCGCGGCUUCAGCGCCCAGUACCAAGUCAAGAAGCAAAUUGAGUUGAAAUCUCGAGGUGUGAAGCUGAUGCCCAGCAAAGACAACAGCCAGAAGACAUCUGUGUUAACUCAGGUUGGUGUAUCCCAAGGACAUAGCAUGUGUCCAGAUCCUGGCAUACCCGAAAGGGGCAAAAGACUAGGCUCGGAUUUCAGGUUAGGAUCCAGUGUCCAGUUUACCUGCAACGAGGGCUAUGACCUGCAAGGGUCCAAGCGGAUCACCUGUAUGAAAGUGAGCGACAUGUUUGCCGCCUGGAGCGACCACAGGCCGGUCUGCCGAGCCCGCAUGUGUGAUGCCCACCUUCGAGGCCCCUCGGGCAUCAUCACCUCCCCCAAUUUCCCCAUUCAGUAUGACAACAACGCACACUGUGUGUGGAUCAUCACAGCUCUCAACCCCGCCAAGGUGAUCAAGCUCGCCUUUGAGGAGUUUGAUUUGGAGAGGGGCUAUGACACCCUGACGGUCGGGGACGGUGGGCAGGAUGGGGACCAGAAGACGGUCCUGUACGUCCUGACAGGUACGUCGGUCCCAGAUCUCAUUGUCAGCACCAACCAUCAAAUGUGGCUCCUCUUCCAGACCGAUGGCAGCGGCAGCUCCCUGGGAUUCAAGGCUUCUUAUGAAGAGAUCGAGCAGGGCAGUUGCGGUGACCCUGGCAUACCUGCCUAUGGCCGGAGGGAAGGCUCCCGGUUUCGCCACGGUGACACGCUCAAGUUUGAGUGCCAGCCUGCCUUUGAGCUGGUGGGGCAGAAGGCAAUCACGUGCCAAAAGAAUAACCAGUGGUCGGCUAAGAAGCCAGGCUGCGUGUUUUCCUGCUUCUUCAACUUCACCAGCCCGUCUGGGGUCGUCCUGUCUCCCAACUACCCUGAGGACUAUGGCAACCACCUCCACUGUGUCUGGCUCAUCCUGGCCAGGCCCGAAAGCCGCAUCCACCUGGCCUUCAAUGACAUUGACGUGGAGCCUCAGUUUGAUUUCCUGGUCAUCAAGGAUGGGGCCACCGCCGAGGCCCCAGUUCUGGGCACCUUCUCAGGAAACCAGCUCCCCUCCUCCAUCACAAGCAGCGGCCACGUGGCCCGUCUCGAGUUCCAGACUGACCACUCCACGGGGAAGAGGGGCUUCAACAUCACCUUCACCACCUUCCGACACAACGAGUGCCCGGAUCCUGGCGUUCCGGUAAACGGCAAACGGUUUGGUGACAGCCUCCAACUGGGCAGCUCUAUCUCCUUCCUCUGUGACGAAGGCUUCCUCGGGACGCAGGGCUCAGAGACCAUCACUUGCAUCCUGAAGGAGGGCAGCGUGGUCUGGAACAGCGCCGUGCUGCGGUGUGAAGCUCCCUGCGGCGGGCACCUGACUUCACCCAGUGGCACCAUCCUCUCCCCGGGCUGGCCCGGCUUCUACAAGGAUGCCUUGAGCUGUGCCUGGGUGAUCGAAGCCCAGCCUGGCUACCCCAUCAAAAUCACCUUCGACAGAUUUAAAACCGAGGUCAACUAUGACACCCUGGAAGUACGAGAUGGGCGGACGUACUCAGCGCCCUUGAUCGGGGUUUACCAUGGGACCCAGGUCCCCCAGUUCCUCAUCAGCACCAGCAACUACCUCUACCUCCUCUUCUCCACAGACAAGAGUCACUCGGACAUCGGCUUCCAGCUCCGCUAUGAGACUAUAACACUGCAGUCAGACCACUGUCUGGACCCAGGGAUCCCCGUAAAUGGGCAGCGUCAUGGGAAUGACUUCUACGUGGGCGCUCUGGUGACCUUCAGUUGCGACUCGGGCUACACGUUAAGUGACGGGGAGCCCCUGGAGUGUGAGCCCAACUUCCAGUGGAGCCGGGCCCUGCCCAGCUGCGAAGCUCUCUGUGGUGGCUUCAUUCAAGGCUCCAGCGGGACCAUCUUAUCGCCAGGGUUCCCUGACUUCUACCCCAACAACUUGAACUGCACCUGGAUUAUUGAAACAUCACAUGGCAAGGGUGUGUUCUUUACUUUCCACACCUUCCACCUGGAGAGCGGCCACGACUACCUCCUCAUCACCGAGAACGGCAGCUUCACCCAGCCCCUGAGGCAGCUGACUGGCUCCCGGCUGCCGGCUCCCAUCAGCGCCGGGCUCUACGGCAACUUCACCGCGCAGGUCCGCUUCAUUUCUGACUUCUCCAUGUCAUACGAAGGAUUCAACAUCACCUUCUCAGAGUACGACCUGGAGCCCUGCGAGGAGCCCGAGGUCCCGGCCUACAGCAUCCGCAAGGGCUUGCAGUUCGGCGUGGGCGACACCUUGACCUUCUCCUGCUUCCCCGGGUACCGUCUGGAGGGCACCGCCCGCAUCACGUGCCUGGGGGGCAGACGGCGCCUGUGGAGCUCGCCUCUGCCAAGGUGUGUUGCUGAGUGUGGGAAUUCAGUCACGGGCACUCAGGGUACUUUGCUGUCCCCCAACUUUCCUGUGAACUACAAUAACAAUCACGAAUGCAUCUACUCCAUCCAGACCCAGCCAGGGAAGGGGAUUCAGCUGAAAGCCAGGGCAUUCGAACUCUCGGAAGGAGAUGUCCUCAAGGUUUAUGAUGGCAACAACAACUCCGCCCGCUUACUGGGUGUGUUCAGCCACUCUGAGAUGAUGGGGGUCACUUUGAACAGCACAUCCAGCAGUCUGUGGCUUGAUUUCAUCACCGAUGCUGAGAACACCAGCAAGGGCUUUGAACUGCAAUUUUCCAGUUUUGAACUCAUCAAAUGUGAGGACCCAGGAACCCCCCAGUUUGGCUACAAGGUUCAUGAUGGAGGUCAUUUUGCAGGGAGCUCUGUGUCCUUCAGCUGUGACCCUGGAUACAGCCUUCGGGGCAGCGAGGAGCUGCUGUGUCUGAGUGGGGAGCGCAGGACCUGGGACCGACCUCUGCCCACCUGCGUCGCUGAGUGUGGAGGGACAGUGAAAGGAGAGGUGUCGGGGCAGGUGCUGUCGCCCGGGUAUCCAGCUCCCUAUGAACACAAUCUCAACUGCAUCUGGAUCAUCGAAGCAGAUGCCGGCUGCACCAUUGGGCUCCACUUCCUGGUGUUCGACACGGAGGAGGUCCACGACGUGCUGCGCAUCUGGGACGGGCCGGUGGAGAGCGGGGUUCUGCUGAAGGAGCUGAGCGGCCCGGCCCUGCCGAAGGACCUGCACAGCACCUUCAACUCGGUCGUUCUGCAGUUCAGCACCGACUUCUUCACCAGCAAGCAGGGCUUUGCCAUUCAGUUCUCAGUGUCCACAGCAACCUCCUGCAAUGACCCCGGGGUCCCGCAGAAUGGGAGCCGGAGUGGCGACAGUUGGGAAGCCGGCGACUCCACGGUGUUCCAGUGCGACCCUGGCUACGCCCUGCAGGGAAGUGCUGAGAUCAGCUGCGUGAAGAUCGAGAACAGGUUCUUCUGGCAGCCCAGCCCACCAACGUGCAUCGCUCCCUGCGGGGGAGACCUGACCGGACCCUCGGGAGUCAUCCUGUCGCCCAACUACCCAGAGCCCUACCCACCAGGCAAGGAAUGUGACUGGAAAGUGACCGUCUCGCCGGACUACGUCAUCGCCCUGGUAUUUAACAUCUUUAACUUGGAGCCUGGCUAUGACUUCCUCCAUAUCUACGACGGACGGGACUCUCUCAGCCCUCUCAUAGGAAGCUUCUAUGGCUCCCAGCUCCCAGGCCGCAUUGAAAGCAGCAGCAACAGCCUCUUCCUCGCCUUCCGCAGCGACGCAUCUGUGAGCAAUGCUGGCUUCGUCAUUGACUACACAGAAAACCCGCGGGAGUCAUGUUUUGAUCCUGGUUCCAUCAAGAACGGCACGCGAGUGGGGUCUGACCUGAAGCUGGGCUCCUCCAUCACCUACUACUGCCAUGGGGGCUAUGAAGUUGAGGGCUCCUCCACCCUGAGCUGCAUCCUGGGGUCUGACGGGAAGCCCGUGUGGAACAAUCCGCGCCCAGUCUGCACAGCCCCCUGUGGGGGACAGUAUGUGGGUUCAGACGGAGUGGUCUUGUCCCCCAACUACCCACAGAACUACACCAGUGGACAGACCUGCUUGUAUUUUGUCACCGUGCCCAAGGACUAUGGAGAAUCGCUGCCUUUGGCCACCUCCAAUCAAGUUCUCAUCAAGUUCAGUGCCAAAGGCCAAGUCCCAGCCAGAGGUUUCCACUUUGUCUACCAAGCGGUGCCACGAACCAGUGCCACGCAGUGCAGCUCUGUGCCGGAACCCCGCUAUGGCAAGAGGCUGGGCAGUGACUUCUCGGUGGGGGCCGUCGUCCGCUUCGAAUGCAGCUCCGGCUAUGCCCUGCAAGGGUCCCCAGAAAUCGAGUGCCUCCCUGUGCCUGGGGCCCUGGCCCAGUGGAACGUCUCCGCACCCACAUGUGUGGUGCCGUGUGGCGGCAACCUCACGGAGCGCAGGGGCACCAUCCUGUCCCCCGGCUUCCCAGAGCCAUACCUCAACAGCCUCAACUGCGUGUGGAAGAUCAUGGUCCCUGAAGGCGCUGGCAUCCAGAUUCAGGUCAUCAGUUUUGUCACGGAGCAGAACUGGGACUCCCUGGAAGUGUUCGACGGUGCAGAUAACACUGUAACCAUGCUGGGGAGCUUCUCAGGAACAACCGUGCCCGCCCUUCUGAACAGCACCUCCAACCAGCUCUACCUUCACUUCUACUCAGACAUCAGCGUGUCUGCAGCCGGCUUCCACUUGGAGUACAAAACGGUGGGCCUGAGCAGUUGUCCGGAACCUGCUGUGCCCAGUAACGGGGUGAAGACUGGCGAGCGCUAUUUGGUGAACGACGUGGUCUCUUUCCAGUGUGAGCCGGGAUACGCCCUCCAGGGCCACGCCCACAUCUCCUGCAUGCCCGGAACCGUGCGGCGCUGGAACUACCCUCCUCCGCUCUGUAUUGCGCAGUGUGGGGGAACAGUGGAAGAGAUGGAGGGGGUGAUCCUGAGCCCGGGCUUCCCAGGCAACUACCCCAGUAACAUGGACUGCGCCUGGACGAUAGCACUGCCCGUGGGCUUUGGAGCUCACAUCCAGUUCCUGAACUUCUCCACCGAGCCCAACCAUGACUUCAUAGAAAUCCGGAACGGGCCCUACGAGACCAGCCGCAUGAUGGGAAGAUUCAGUGGGAGCGAGCUCCCCGGCUCCCUGCUGUCCACGUCCCACGAGACCACCGUGUAUUUCCACAGCGACCACUCCCAGAACCGGCCAGGAUUCAAGCUGGAGUAUCAGGCCUACGAACUUCAAGAGUGCCCAGACCCAGAGCCCUUUGCCAAUGGCAUUGUGAGGGGAGCUGGCUACAAUGUUGGACAGUCAGUGACCUUCGAGUGCCUCCCAGGAUAUCAACUGAUUGGCCACCCUGUCCUCACUUGUCAACAUGGCACCAACCGGAACUGGGACCACCCCCUGCCCAGGUGUGAAGUCCCCUGUGGCGGGAACGUCACCUCUUCCAAUGGCACCGUAUACUCCCCGGGGUUCCCCAGCCCGUACUCCAGCUCCCAGGACUGUGUCUGGCUGAUCACCGUGCCCAUUGGCCAUGGCAUCCGCCUCAACCUCAGCCUACUGCAGACAGAGCCCUCCGGAGACUUCAUCACCGUCUGGGAUGGGCCACAGCAGACGGCUCCACGGCUCGGAGUCUUCACCCGGAGCUUGGCCAAGAAGACGUUGCACAGCUCAUCCAACCAGGUCCAGCUCAAGUUCCAUCGCGAUGCAGCCACGGGGGGCAUCUUCGCCAUAGCCUUCUCCGCUUAUCCACUCACCAAAUGCCCUCCUCCCACCAUCCUCCCCAACGCCGAAGUCGUCACAGAGAAUGAAGAAUUCAACAUAGGUGACAUCGUACGCUACAGAUGCCUCCCUGGGUUCACCUUAGUGGGGAGUGAAAUCCUAACCUGCAAGCUUGGAACUUACCUGCAGUUCGAAGGCCCACCCCCAAUAUGUGAAGUGCACUGCCCAACGAAUGAGCUUCUGACAGACUCCACAGGUGUGAUCCUGAGCCAGAGCUACCCUGGAAGCUACCCCCAGUUCCAGACCUGCUCUUGGCUGGUGAGAGUGGAGCCCGAAUAUAACAUCACCAUCACAGUGGAGUACUUCCUCAGCGAGAAGCAGUAUGAUGAGUUUGAGAUUUUCGAUGGGCCCUCAGGACAAAGUCCUCUGCUGAAAGCCCUCAGUGGGAAUUACUCAGCUCCCCUGGUGGUCACCAGCUCAAGCAACUCUGUGUACCUGCGCUGGUCGUCUGAUCACGCUUACAAUCGGAAGGGCUUUAAGAUCCGGUAUUCAGCUCCCUACUGCAGCCUGCCCAGGGCUCCCCUCCACGGCUUCAUCCUGGGCCAGACCAGCAGCCAGCCCGGGGGCUCCAUCCACUUUGGCUGCAACGCCGGCUACCGCUUGGUGGGACACAGCAUGGCCAUCUGUACCCGGCACCCUCAGGGCUACCACCUGUGGAGCGAGGCCAUUCCUCUCUGUCAAGCUCUUUCCUGUGGGCUUCCUGAGGCCCCCAAGAAUGGAAUGGUGUUUGGCAAGGAGUACACAGUGGGAACCAAGGCUGUGUACAGCUGCAGUGAAGGCUACCACCUCCAGGAAGGCGCCGAGGCCACUGCGGAGUGUCUGGACACAGGCCUGUGGAGCAACCGCAAUGUCCCUCCGAAGUGUGUCCCUGUGGCCUGUCCUGAUGUCAGCAGCAUCGGCGUGGAGCAUGGCCGAUGGAGGCUCAUCUUUGAGACACAGUACCAGUUCCAGGCCCAGCUGAUGCUGGUCUGUGACCCUGGCUACUACUACACUGGCCAGAGGGUCAUCCGCUGUCAGGCCAAUGGCAAAUGGAGCCUUGGGGACUCUAUGCCCACCUGCCAAAUCAUCUCCUGUGGAGAGCUCCCCCUCCCCCCCAACGGGCACCGCAUCGGGACCCUGUCCGUCUACGGGGCAACAGCCAUCUUCUCCUGCAAUUCUGGAUACACACUGGUGGGCUCCAGGGUGCGGGAGUGCAUGGCCAACGGGCUCUGGAGUGGCUCUGAAGUCCGCUGCCUGGGUGACUGCACCUCGUUUUUCUGUAAGCUCGUGUUUGAUUCACUCUCCUCCCCAUGCCCCACCAAAGCUGGACACUGCGGGACUCCGGAGCCCAUCGUCAACGGCCACAUCAACGGGGAGAACUACAGCUACCGCGGCAGCGUGGUGUACCAGUGCAACGCAGGCUUCCGCCUCAUCGGCAUGUCCGUGCGCAUCUGCCAGCAGGACCACCACUGGUCGGGCAAGACCCCUUUCUGUGUGCCAAUCACCUGUGGACACCCAGGCAACCCUAUCAAUGGCCUCACUCAGGGCAACCAGUUCAACCUCAACGAUGUGGUCAAGUUUGUUUGCAACCCUGGGUAUGUGGCUGAGGGGGCUGCUAGGUCCCAGUGCCUGGCCAACGGGCAGUGGAGCGACACGCUGCCCACCUGCAGAAUCAUCAACUGUACAGACCCCGGACACCAAGAAAACAGCGUUCGUCAAGUCCACGCCAGCGGGCCUCACAGGUUCAGCUAUGGCACCACUGUGUCCUUCCAGUGCAACCACGGCUUCUACCUCCUGGGCACCCCGGUGCUCAGCUGCCAGGGAGAUGGCACGUGGGACCGUCCCCGCCCCCAGUGUCUCUUGGUGUCCUGUGGCCACCCGGGCUCCCCGCCUCAUUCUCAGAUGUCUGGAGACAGCUUUACCGUGGGGGCAGUCGUGCGUUACAGCUGCGCCGGCAAGCGGACUCUGGUGGGAAACGCCACCCGUAUGUGCGGGCUGGAUGGACACUGGACUGGCUCCCUCCCCCACUGCUCAGGAACCAGCAUGGGAGUUUGUGGUGACCCUGGGAUCCCGGCCCACGGCAUCCGACUGGGAGAUAGCUUUGAUCCAGGCAGUCUGAUGCGCUUCAGCUGUGAAGCUGGCCACGUGCUCCGGGGAUCGUCAGAGCGAACCUGUCUCGCCAACGGCUCGUGGAGCGGCUCGCAGCCUGAGUGUGGAGUGAUCUCUUGUGGGAACCCUGGGACUCCAAGCAACGCCCGCGUUGUGUUCAGUGACGGCCUGGUCUUCUCCAGCUCCAUCGUCUAUGAGUGUCGGGAAGGCUACUACGCCACAGGCCUGCUCAGCCGUCACUGCUCAGUCAAUGGCACCUGGACAGGCAGUGACCCUGAGUGCAUAGUCAUAAACUGUGGGGACCCUGGGAUUCCAGCCAAUGGCCUCCGGCUGGGCAAUGACUUCAGGUACAACAAAACUGUGACCUAUCAGUGUGUCCCUGGCUACAUGAUGGAAUCACACAGGGUAUCUGUGCUGAGCUGCACCAAGGACCGAACGUGGAAUGGUACCAAGCCCGUCUGCAAAGCUAUCAUGUGCAUGCCGCCUCAGCUCAUCCCUAAUGGGAAGGUGGUGGGGUCUGACUUCACGUGGGGCUCCAGCGUGACCUACGCCUGCCUGGAGGGGUACCAGCUCUCCCUGCCCGCGGUGCUCACCUGCGAGGGAAACGGAUCCUGGACCGGAGAGCUGCCUCAGUGUUUCCCUGUGUUCUGCGGAGACCCUGGUGUCCCAGCCCACGGGAGGAGAGAGGACCGAGGCUUCUCCUACAGGUCGUCUGUCUCCUACUCCUGCCAUCCCCCGCUGGUGCUGGUGGGCUCUCCACGCAGGUUUUGCCAGUCAGAUGGGACGUGGAGCGGCACUCAGCCCAGCUGCAUAGAUCCGACGCUGACCAUGUGUGCAGACCCUGGCGUGCCGCAGUUUGGGAUUCAGAACAAUUCUCAGGGCUACCAGGUUGGAAGCACAGUGCUCUUCCGUUGUCAGAAAGGUUACCUGCUUCAGGGCUCCACCACCAGGACCUGCCUCCCCAACCUGACCUGGAGCGGAACCCCGCCCGACUGUGUCCCCCACCACUGCAGGCAGCCGGAGACGCCAACCCACGCCCACGUCGGGGCCCUGGAUCUGCCCUCCAUGGGCUACACGCUCAUCUACUCCUGCCAGGAGGGCUUCUCCCUCAAGGGGGGCUCCGAGCACCGCACCUGCAAGGCGGAUGGCAGCUGGACAGGCAAGCCGCCCAUCUGCCUGGAGGUCCGGCCCAGUGGGAGACCCGUCAACACCGCCCGGGAGCCGCCACUCACACAAGCCUCAAUUCCUGGGGAUGUUUUUGCCAAGAAUUCACUGUGGAAAGGGGCCUAUGAGUACCAGGGGAAGAAGCAGCCGGCCAUGCUCAGAGUGACUGGUUUCCAGGUUGCCAACAGCAAGGUCAACGCCACCAUGAUUGACCACAGUGGUGUGGAGCUGCACCUGGCUGGAAUUUACAAGAAAGAAGAUUUCCAUCUCCUGCUCCAGGUUUACCAGAUUACAGGGCCUGCGGAGAUCUUUGUGAACAAGUUCAAAGAUGACCACUGGGCCUUAGAUGGGCAUGUCUCCGCAGAGUCCUCCGGAGGCACCUUCAUCUACCAAGGCUCCGUCAAGGGCCAAGGCUUUGGGCAGUUCGGCUUUCAAAGACUUGACCUCAGGCUGUUGGAGUCAGACCCCGAGUCCAUCGGCCGCCACUUUGCUUCCAACAGCAGCUCCGUGGCAGCCGCCAUCCUGGUGCCUUUCAUCGCCCUCAUCAUCGCGGGCUUCGUGCUCUAUCUCUACAAGCACAGGAGAAGACCCAAAGUUCCGUUCAAUGGCUAUGCCGGCCACGAGAACACCAAUGUUCGGGCCACAUUUGAGAACCCAAUGUAUGACCGCAACAUCCAGCCCACAGACAUCAUGGCCAGCGAGGCGGAGUUCACAGUCAGCACAGUGUGUACCGCGGUAUAGCCACCAGGCCCGGCCGCCUCCACCGCCACCGAGAGCCCCGCCUCCAGCAGCUG